AUGGCUUCCACUGCCCUCUUCUUUAUGUUGGCAGUGCAAUUUGGCUGCAUCACCACCAACAUAGGCAAUAGUGAAAUCAUGCCAAGAUUCCCAGCCAUUCUUAUAUUUGGUGAUUCAACCGUUGAUACCGGGAAUAAUAACUACAUACUAACACCAUUCAAAGGCCACCAUCUACCUUAUGGCAUCGAUUUUCCAGGCCACGUUCCUACUGGGCGGUUUUCAAAUGGAAAACUCGUACCUGAUAUCUUGGCAUCCAUGUUAGGCAUCAAGGAAACUGUUUUGCCAUUUCUGCAGCCAAACAUAUCAGAUGCUGAACUACUUACUGGAGUCAGCUUUGCUUCAGCAGGGUCGGGAUAUGACGAGCUUACAACAGCUAUUUCUCAUGUAAUCCCGAUGUCGAAGCAGCUGGAAUUAUUUAAGGACUAUAUGCAAAGGCUUGAGAGAUUUGUUGGUGAAAAGGAGGCCCGAAGAAUAGCUGCUAAUGCUUUGGUUAUUGUUAGUGCCGGACCAAAUGACUUCAUUUUUAACUACUACGACAUACCCACAAGAAGGCUUGAAUUCGACAUCACACAGUACCAAAGCUUCCUGCUAAAUAAGCUGCAAAACUUUGUUAAGGAACUGUAUGAUCUUGGGUGCCGUAGGAUAAUUGUAUCAGGGCUUCCUCCAGUAGGUUGCCUGCCAAUCCAAAUCACAGCCAAGUCUCAAAUUCUAAGAAGUUGCAUACACAAGGAGAAUUCAGAUGCUCUGUCUUACAAUAGCAGGCUAGAAAAGCUGCUUCCACAAAUACAGCAAGAACUUCCAGGCAGCAAAAUCCUCUAUGCAGACAUAUACACUAUUCUUACGGAUAUGAUUAAUAACCCUAAAAAAUACGAUUUUGUGGAAGUCAGAAAAGGAUGCUGUGGAACUGGACUGCUGGAAGCUGGUCCUCUCUGUACUCACUCAACUCCAGUUUGUGAGAACCACGACCAGUACUUAUUCUGGGAUAGCAUUCAUCCUGGUGAAUCAACCUAUCGGUGGCUUUCUCAGUAUCUGGCGAAGCAACUUCUUCCCAAGUUAUCACACCUAGCAGCCGGUGAUCUCUUUGCAUAG